UUGACACAUUCACGAUCACACAAUGGUUGAGUUAUCAGAUUUCCAGAGACUCGAAAAGGUCGGCGAAGGUACCUACGGGGUGGUUUACAAGGCGCUUGACACCCGUAACGCAAACCGCGUGGUGGCAUUGAAGAAGAUCCGCUUAGAGAGCGAGGACGAGGGCGUUCCGUCGACGGCGAUCCGCGAAAUCUCUUUAUUGAAGGAGUUGAAGGAUGAUAACAUUGUACGAUUGUAUGACAUUGUCCAUUCUGACUCCAACAAGUUGUACCUUGUGUUUGAGUUCCUCGACUUGGACUUGAAGAAGUACAUGGAGUCGAUCCCACAGGGCGUGGGGUUGGGUGCCGAUAUGGUCAAACGCUUUACGAUGCAGCUCAUAAAGGGGACGUACUAUUGCCAUGCGCACCGUAUUCUCCACCGCGACUUGAAGCCACAGAACUUGCUCAUCAACAAGGAGGGGAACCUCAAACUAGCUGAUUUCGGUUUGGCGCGUGCUUUUGGGGUGCCUUUGAGAGCAUACACCCAUGAGGUUGUUACGUUGUGGUACAGGGCUCCGGAGGUGUUGUUAGGGGGGAAGCAGUACUCUACAGGCGUGGAUAUGUGGUCUAUCGGGUGCAUUUUCGCCGAGAUGGUCAAUCGCAAGCCGCUUUUCCCUGGUGAUUCCGAGAUUGACGAGAUUUUCCGCAUCUUCCGUAUCAUGGGAACCCCUACCGAGGAGAUCUGGCCGGAUGUGAACUACCUUCCGGACUUUAAGCCCACCUUCCCCAAGUGGGGCAAAAAGGACCUCGCCACUAUUAUCCCCACUUUGGACCGCGACGGCUUGGAUUUGGUCGAGCAUUUGUUGUCCUAUGACCCCGCAAACAGAAUCAGUGCCAAGCGUGCGUUACAGCACCCGUACUUCCGUGAAGAUCCGCCCGUGGAGCAGGCUGAGGAGUAUUCCCAGUCCAUCACCAUGGAUGCGUAUGCAUAAUCUGCAGCAACCCACUUAAUCAUUAACUACAGGAAUCAGACACCAGACACAUUCACUGCCCGAAGUUGAAGUAUCAACUCGGAUCAAUGAUUCGAAGCGUUAUCCAAUCCCUGAAAUACCCUAAACUACCAACGUUCAAUUUGGCCCCAAUCCGUUCUCUUAUGAUUUGCUUACAUACCGUAAUAUAUCAGCAUUCAUUGUGAUCAAACCUUAUGUCCAAUCUUGGGAGAUAUACUGUAAACCAACAUGCGUCGAAAUGCUUUCAGCUUGAGCACGCUCUACGUAAAGCCAUGUAAUUGCUACCUAAAUGGCAUC